AUGUGGGGGACAUUCCAAGAUUCGCAGCAAAUUUACAUGGUAAUGGAUUUUAUUGAAGGUGGAGAAUUAUUUUCUCUAUUAAGAAAAUCAAAAAGAUUUCCAAACCCAGUUGCCAAAUUUUAUGCUGCAGAAAUAUGUCUUGCUUUAGAAUACUUACAUGAUUUGGAAAUUAUUUAUAGAGAUUUAAAGCCAGAAAAUAUUUUACUUGAUAGGAAUGGCCAUAUUAAAAUAACAGAUUUUGGUUUUGCAAAAUACGUUCCUGAUGUGACAUAUACCUUAUGUGGAACACCAGAUUACAUUGCUCCAGAAGUUGUCAGUACGAAGCCUUAUAAUAAAUCUGUAGAUUGGUGGUCAUUUGGUAUAAUAAUAUAUGAAAUGUUAGCUGGUUAUACCCCUUUUUAUGAUUCUAACACUAUUAAAAUAUAUGAGAAAAUAUUGAAUGCCCCAUUGAAAUUUCCAGAAUACUUUGAUUCCUUAGUGCAGGAUUUAUUGAGAGGGUUAAUCAACAGAAAUUUAAGUCAAAGAUUAGGCAAUUUGCAAGGUGGUACUGAAGAUGUUAAAAACCAUCCAUGGUUUGAAGAGGUUGUUUGGGAUAAAAUAUUAGCAAGAUGUAUUGAAACACCAUACGAACCACCAAUAAGACAUGGACAAGGUGAUUCAUCUCAGUUUGAUAGAUACCCUGAAGAGGAACUUCACUAUGGUUUUCAAGGUGAAGAUCCGUAUCAUGAUUUAUUUAAAGCGUUUUAG